ACUUCCUGUGUCUGGAGAAAGAAAAACCAUAGACCUACAAAAAAACAAAAAGCAACAACAACAAGUUUUACAAUGAUGCCACUCGCUGAUGGACAUGUUGCGGGGGAACACCAGAUUGAUUAUAAACAGAAGUAUAAAACAUUAAAAAAGAAACUAAAAUUACUGGUGUAUGAACAAGAAUGUUUUUUGGAAGAAUUACGAAAGGCUCAGGGGAAGUUACUCAAGGUUUCUAGAGACAAAAGUUUUCUCUUGGAUCGCCUGUUACAGUAUGAAAAGGUUGAAGAUUCUUCAGGGGAUUCUGAUGCAACAGCGUCAAGUGACAGUGAGGCAGAUGGCCACACUUCUGGCAAAAAGAGGAAAAUUUCGAUGAGUCCAGGUCAGGCCCAGUUACCUUUUGGAUCAGAAGCCUCUACUAUAUUUGGAAAUCUUAGUAUGGCUGCUCUGUUUCAAGCUGCUGGCUCCUCUAGUUCAGAACCAGUGAAGAAGCGUUCUAGACCCUCCACAAAGAAAUCAAAAGCAAAAUCAAAGAUGGAGAAGGCUGAGAGCCGUAUGACAAGAGAAGAGUUAGAGAGGCAUUUAGAAUCGCGACAAAAUUCAUUUAAAAUCGAGAAAGCCCCGGCCAUGUUACCCAUGGAGAUAUUCAGCAAUGAUAACUCUAAUCCUGAUAGUGAGACGGCUGACACAAACAGAGAGGACUAUGAUUCAGAUCUGGUGAUUGAUGCUAGCUGAUAGGAGACUCCACUGACUGAUGGUGCUUAGUGAACAAUUGACAAAGUGCUCCAUGCUAAUUAUUACAUCAUUUACAUGUUUCGACAUACUUAGUAUAUAAUACAUGUACUUAGGGAUUAUGCCCGAACUACUACAGGGACAUUGAGGAAGUUACAUGUUAUUCAUACAUGUACCGGUACAUGUUGUUAAUAUCCAUGAGCAAAUAUAUGUGCAAGAUAUAUGUGUAAUUAAAAGUAACAUGACAAUGUCAAAUAUAUGUAUACAUGUUUUGAUUUGAAUAGCAUUCACAGAAGAAUUUAUUAUAAAUUUGACAUUUUUACAUACAGGUAACUCUCGAUACCUCGAAGUCCGCGGGACCGAGGGAAAACUUUGAGAGAUCAAGAGUUUGAGUUUUCAAGAGUCCGGAAUUUCCCGGGUUUGUUUGGCAGGUUUUAAAAUUAGUCUUACUGGAUGUAAUGAUUUUCAUGCAGUGCUAACUUUUCACUACUCACUGCAAUAUCAUUGAUUUGAAAUUUAAAAUAUUGAAAAGAUUUUUUGUUAAAAAUACAUUGGUAUUUGACAUUAGUUUCAAAAUUUGUCAAUUAGUAAUAAUUAAUACGUAUGUAUGUGUUUAAUUAAGAAUGGUUUUUCAACAUCCGUGAAGAUUUGAUUUGGAAAUAAAAAUUCUAUUAAAGG